GGCAGCAGCGGGCGCUGGUCGUCGGCGCGCGACUUGCGGAAUCCGAAGCAGGACGACAUGGCAGGCUGCGGUUCUUCGGGGAGCGAUUACAAUGUCAGAUGCACAACAUGACCUGGCGCGAUAUUGUUGUGGCCGUAACUGUAGGCUUGCCUGGGAGAGCUAUGAGCUAUGGAGGCGCUCAUAGUGACGCGCAGCAACCGCGACGUCAUUGGCAGCCACAGCCAAGCCAUCCCACGCGAAACCCCAGGCAAAGCCACAACACCAGGAAGAUGUAUCAAACCCACCGCACCUGCUUGGCAACAUGCCGAGUUGCACAGAAAGGCUUGACAGCACCACGCCUAAAACCGUCAGGCCCGUACUGCGGCUGUCGCGUGCUUCGACUCCUUGCGCUAUGAUGUACACGCAGGCGGCACCGUUCAGAUUAUGCCGCAGGAGGAAAGACUGGCGUGUCGUAUCCCAAUGCAGAAAACUUUGUAUGUAUCUGCGGGUCCGAGUCAAGCUUUCCCCGCAUCCGCCCCUCCGGAACUCGACAGACGCUCAAUCUGCUUGGCUCGGUCGGAUGUACGUGGUAGCUGCAGCAUUUCUCAACAAUCAAGAACGGCUGCGCUCCAGCACAGGCAGUUGCACUGUUGUGUGGAUCGGCACUGCGUCUCGAGCAGCCAGUGGACGGCAAAAUGGCGCAGCGGCUGAUGGCCGGAGCUGUCCAGGGGCCACUCAGCGCUGGGCGCAACAUACGAUAUUUCGGAAAGGAUUGGGAGGACAGACGGGAGCACAAGAAGUGUCGGUGUGCGUACGCUGCGAAUCCACGCACCGAGGCCGCUGGCGGAUUACCAAGCUGGCGCGUCUGGAGGCGCCGUGGGGCCCUCGUUCCUUUUGGGCUUGGGCUUUGGGCGAUUGCGCUGAAACCGCGUCGCUGGGUGACGCUCGAAUCCGAGACGGCUGCGUGCCUGGCACUGCCGCGGGAUGGUAGGGAUACCAAGCAUCCCGCGGCACCGCGGGCGACGUGCCAUUGACAGCAUGCAUCGCCAUUCUCGCGACACGCAAUGCCGUUGCACAGUACCGCCGCCGCUAGGCCUGACGAACGCUGUUAACUCUGCGCUGGUGCCUGACGGAUCGCCCGCUCGUGAGUCGCAAAGGGUCGCGUGUGCGUCGAGACGAGUCUUUGGGCUCG